GCAAGGGGGUUGAUUACCAGUUAUCUUCCAUCGCCAGGAGAUGCGGCUCCACAAGUGGUGACCCUGAUUCCCGGAGAUGGCAUCGGUCCCGAAGUUACCAAGAGUGUGGUGGACGUGGUGGCGGCCAUGGGGGCCCCAAUCACCUGGGAGCGGUUCGACUACCUAUCCGGUUCUGAGGACGGUAAGGUCCCUCGUACCUCCGUACCCAAGGAAGUCCUGGACUCCAUUCGCCGCAACGGCGUAUGUCUCAAGGGUACUCUGUUCACUCAGCUGGACAAGAACAACACCAACACGCAGUCGCUCAAUGUGCAGCUCAGGAAGGAUCUGGACCUGCACGUUAACGUGGUGCACGGCUACUCCAUACCCGGUCUCAGCACUCGGCACUCGGGACUGGAUAUUGUGGUGAUUCGGGAGAACACGGAGGGGGAGUACAGCGGACUAGAGCACGAGGUGGUGGAUGGCGUGGUGGAGAGCCUCAAGAUUAUCACGUACGAAAAGUCGUUGCGUACGGCACAGUACGCCUUCGAAUUCGCGUUCCUUAACCAUCGCAAGAAGGUAUCGGCCAUCCAUAAGGCCAACAUCAUGAAGCAGGGCGACGGCCUCUUCCUAAAGCGUCCACCGAUGCUGGCUCCAUCCCGGGGUAGGGCGUGCCGCGAGGUCGCCCGCAACUUCCCCCGCAUCCAGUACGAGGAGGUCAUUGUGGAUAACACCUGCAUGCAGCUCGUGGGCAGGCCCCAGCAGUUCGACGUGAUGGUGACUCCCAACCUAUACGGCAACCUGGUGUCGAAUGUGGUGGCGGGCCUGUGCGGCGGUUUCGGGGUGGUGCCCGGCGGCAACAUCGGGGACGGCGUGGCUGUGUUCGAGCAGGUGUACGCGAGCGGUGAUAAGGCCUCUCUGACCCCGGAUGUUGGCGGCUCGGGUACCCUGCUGGGCUUCACGGAGGCGGUGGUUCGGAACCUGGAGCGGCCUUGUUAG